AUGGCUCCUGCUAUUGACGAAGUGACCCAGGAGUAUCAAAUCAAAUCGCUCCUAGUCCGCGAACGAUAUUACCGGGAUUCAUAUCAGUGGGACAAGCUUCGUGACAGUUAUCACCCGGAUCCUUCUAAAACGCAUGUCGAGAUAUCAUGGUUCCAAGGUGAUAUCGAUGGCUUUGUAGCUGGCUCAAGGGCUAUGGCAACGGGUGGAACUGGUGCGAUUCAUACGAUCUGUCCAGUGGAAGUGGAAAUCAACGGCAACAAGGCCCUUUCCGAGUCGACUGGCUCCAUAUCCAUUCGCUUUCGCCACAAUGGAUUGGAAUAUGACUGUGUCUCUUUAACUCGGUUUAUUUCCCGUUUGGAGUGUGUCGAUGGCAAGUGGAAGUUGUUGACACUGGAAGCAAUUUAUGAAAGAGACUACAUCACCCCGACAGUUCCGUCGUCUGAGUCUGUGGAACUACCUCUACCGAAGAAUGGACGGGACAGCUAUAAAUGUAUCGCCUGGGUUCUUUCUCAGAAGGGUUUCAAAAUCAAGGAAGACCUUCCAGGAGUUGAUGAUCCUUCCACCUGUACACGGCUAAUGGAAGAAAAUCGCGAUUGGUUAUUUUGA